AUGUGGCAUCGCGGCCUCGGCCCAAAGCAGGAGAAGGAACGGUUUGUUGCCGGCCUAUUGUGGGUUAUAAGGGGUCAUCUCAUCAAGGAGGAUAGAUCCUCAAAUCCCCUAUUGUGGGUUAUAAGGGGUCAUCUCAUCAAGGAUCUAUCCUCAAAUCCCCUAUUGUGGGUUAUAAGGGGUCAUCUCAUCAAGGAUCUAUCCUCAAAUCCCCUAUUGUGGGUUAUAAGGGGUCAUCUCAUCAAGGAUCUAUCCUCAAAUCCCCUAUUGUGGGUUAUAAGGGGUCAUCUCAUCAAGGAUCUAUCCUCAAAUCCCCUAUUGUGGGUUAUAAGGGGUCAUCUCAUCAAGGAUCUAUCCUCAAAUCCCCUAUUGUGGGUUAUAAGGGGUCAUCUCAUCAAGGAUCUAUCCUCAAAUCCCCUAUUUUUAGUUUUUUACCAUCUCCCGAUCCUGAUUUUUUACCAUCCUCUAGGGAUGGGAGGAAUGAUUGAGCCUCUGGUAACGUCACUCACACACUUCGAAACGCAAAAGUUUCCCCAGUCAGGUCUCGAACUGGGUACAAGUAAGUUUGAAAGGCCCAUAUUUCAGCGUGAAAAAGGCGUGAAAAAGUUAAAAGGACCGACUGAGUGA